AAAAAGGCCUUGCUCCGCCCCCGCCCCGCCCCGCCCCCCAGAGCUCCUCGGUGUCCUCCAGGCUGCGUGGAACUCCGGGCGGCGCUAUCCGGACGGAAUCGAGGAUGCUAGGGCCGGGCUGAGCAGUCGCUGCCCGCUUUUCAGCUGGUUCGAAUUCGAGUCCAGGGACGCAGGCCUGGACCCGGGAACCCGGGCGCCGGAGUCCUCGUACCGCUCAUGGACGCGCCGGGAGACCCCGAAGGUCCGCGCCCCCCAGGAGGUGACCAAAGAGCAGCUCGGCUGGACCCGCCUUGGUGGCUUGUGUCCUGUCUCUUUAAAAGCGACUGAAGUAGCGGUAGCUUGAUUUGUUUCCGAGAGGUCGAAAAGACGGGGACCUGGCCUGGGGCUCGGGUGAUGGCUCUCCAGGAAGUGUAAGGGAGAUCCCCAGGCGACUUUCAAGAGAACAGAUUUUUGUACUGAUUUCAGCAGCUUCCAUUAACUUCAGUUCCAUGAUGUGCUAUUCUAUCCUUGGACCCUUUUUCCCGACGGAGGCUGAAAAGAAAGGAGUCAGCAACACAGUUACUGGUAUGAUCUUUGGAUGUUAUGCUUUGUUUGACUUGCUGGCAUCUUUGGUGUUUGGAAAAUAUCUUGUACAUAUUGGAGCAAAAUUUAUGUUUGUAGCAGGAUUACUUGUCUCAGGAGGAGUUACAAUUCUCUUUGGUGUAUUGGACCAAGUUCCAGAAGGACCGGUGUUUAUUGCUAUGUGUUUUCUAGUGAGAAUAACAGAUGCAGUAAGCUUCUCUGCAGCGAUAACCGCGUCGUCUUCGAUCCUUGCAAAAGCUUUUCCAAACAAUGUGGCUACAGUGUUGGGAUGUCUUGAGAUUUUUUCUGGACUGGGACUAGUGCUGGGGCCUCCUCUGGGUGGCUUCCUGUAUCAGUCCUUCGGCUACGAGGUGCCUUUCAUUUUUCUGGGAUGCAUAGUUCUGCUGAUGGUUCCCCUCAACAUGUGCAUUUUACCUAAUUAUGAGUCUGAUCCAGGGAAACACUCAUUCUGGAAACUCAUCACUUUACCCAAGGUUGCCCUAAUAUCCUUCGUCAUCACCUCACUCAGCUCCUGUUUUGGCUUCCUUGAUCCUACGCUGUCUCUCUUUGUUUUGGAGAAGUUUAAUCUACCAGCUGGAUAUGUGGGACUGGUAUUCCUGGGUUUGGCGCUGUCCUAUGCCAUCUCUUCACCACUGGUGGGCCUACUCAGUGAUAAAGUGCCGCGUCUAAGGAAGUGGCUUCUGGUUUUUGGAAGCUUAAUCACAGCAGGAUGCUACAUGCUCUUAGGACCUGCCCCAGUCUUGCACAUUAAGAGUCAGCUCUGGCUGCUCGUGCUGAUAUUAGUCAUAAAUGGCAUCUCUGUUGGAAUGAGUUCAAUCCCAACUUUCCUGGAGGUUCUCAGUUGCGCAUAUGAAAAUGGGUUUGAAGAAGGAUUAAGUACCAUGGGACUUGUGUCAGGUCUCUUUGGUGCAGUGUGGUCUGUUGGUGAUUUCAUAGGACCAACGCUGGGGGGGUUUCUGUAUGAGAAACUAGGCUUUGAAUGGGCAGCCACUCUACAAGGUCUCUGGGCUCUAACAAGUGGACUAGUGCUGGGCUUGUUUUACCUGUUGGAGCACUCACGGAGAAGGAGGAGAUCUAAACUUCAAAAUAUCCUCAGCAUAGAGGAGGAACGGACCGCUCUCUUACCUGGGGAAAUGUGACCUGAGGAGUCCUGACUGUUACAGGGCUGGGAGAUGGAUGCUGUUGGCCUUGGACUUCAGAGUUGGAAGGGUUUUCUUACUUUGACACACACAACUCCAUGGGCCACACACCAGCAUCCUGGAAGUGUUAACAUAGUUUUGGAUGAUCCUGUGUUGGGCUGCACUUACUAUUGUCCUGAAAAACUGGCCUGCUGAACCAGCCGCAUUUGAAACCUUCAGUAUGAGAAGAGUUAUUGGAAAUCAGUGAAAGUUUGUAGGUUUCAGUGACCAGACUUGGCCUUGAAGAUUUUACUGACUCUAGGUCUCCUGUUUUCUGUGUUUACUUUUUGUUCUAAGUGCACUGAUUCUGUGAAUGUACCUUUUUUAUUAACAGGGAAGGAAAUGAAUUGAUUUGAUAUGCUUAACAAUAAUAUAAAGAUAACUCAAAAUAUACAGAAAAAUGACUGUGAAAUCAGUUUUACAAAAUUUGCCUUCUCUGUGUCCUGAGAUUUUUGCUUUUUGUUCAAAAGGCAAAAUUCCAGCCUACUAUAUAAAACUCUAUAGCAUACCUUGGCCCUCAGCUCUUCUAAAACUUUUGUUUGUGUGAAAGAUACUAGAAUAGUAUUACUUAACACUUUCAGUUUUAUAACAUACUUUGAAUUAUGAUCUGGUUUAGAAAUAAUGCUUGGUAUAAUGUUAUUCAUUUCCCUUAAUGUCUUUGUUUUAGUUCUAAUUAUAUAUAUAUAUGUAUAUAUACAUAUAUAUAUAUAUUUAAUACUCCUGGUUGAUGUAUCUCAUUCCCAGAGCAAGUGAGCCCACAGAAAUGCUUGUUCUAUGUUAGGGAAGAGAGCCCUCUGACUUCAUGUAAAAUCCAUGUUGUUGUUUGGUGAGUGAAUCUCUGCUGUACAACUCUCAUAGCUCCCAAUCCACCUUCAUGGUGUAGUAGCUACUUAUAUCCACUAUUUUUUUAGUAGAAGAAAUGGUUUACUUACUUAUUUAUUUGAAAAUAUUUGUUGAAUGCCUUCUCUGAACUGACACUGUGCUUGGUUUAGGGAUUUAGCUGUGAUCAUCAUAGACACAGUCUCUCCCUUAUGGAGAUAAUAGUCCAGUGGAAGGGACACACAAUAAAUAAAUACCAGAAUCUCUAAUUAUCAUACAGAGAUGCUAUGGAGGGAAGAAAAAAAAAA